AUGUUACAAAGUCAUGAUAACAAAUUGCAACGGAUUAGUGAAUUGCACCGUUCAUACGAUACACUUCAGUACCCGUUACUUUUCUGUCAUGGGGAGGAUGGUUAUUCCAUUAAUAUCUCUCAGAUUGAUCCAAAAACUAAAUUACCACUUCAGAAAACAGUUUCUGCAUCGCAAUUUUAUUCUUACCACAUCAUGAUUAGACAAACGGAAAUCAACCAUUUACUGUACUUUAGAUCACUUUUUAAUCAAUAUUUAGUUGAUAUGUACGCUAAAAUUGAAACAGAGCGCUUACAUUUUAUUAAAAACAAUCAAAUGCAACUCAGAGCUGAUAAUUACAUACAUCUCAGAGAUGCUAUUGGGAGACAAGAUACUGAUCUUACCCAUCUUGGUCAGAUGGUAGUUCUUCCGUCAUCUUUUACUGGCUCACCACGGUAUAUGCAUGAAAAAACUCAGGACGCCAUGACAUACGUUCGUCAUUACGGUCGUCCUGAUUUAUUCAUAACUUUUACAUGUAAUCCUCGAUGGAAAGAAGUUUCAAAUGCAUUACUUUCUGAACAAAAGUCCUACGAUCGUCAUGAUAUUAUAGCUAGGAUAUUUCAUUUAAAAGUUAAGACGUUAAUGAAAUUGUUAACAAAAGGGAAUUUGUUUGGGGAAGUGCAAUGUUUUAUGUAUUCGGUCGAAUGGCAAAAACGUGGUUUACCACACAUACAUAUUUUGUUAUGGCUAAAACAGCGCAUUUCUCCAGAUAAAUUAGAUUGUAUCAUUAGUGCGGAAAUACCUGAUCCUGAAAAAGAUUCUCUCCUUUACGAUAUUAUCAAAGCCAAUAUGAUCCAUGGGCCUUGCGGAAGUGAUCAAGCAGCAUUUGGUUUUGAAAAUGAUAAUGAUGAAGUCAAGCUUUAUGAAAGUGGUCGAUAUAUCAGCAGCUCUGAGGCUGUAUGGAGAAUUCUGGCUUUUCCUAUCCACGAGAGAUUUCCAACAGUCUUCCAUCUUUCCGUGCAUUUAGAAAAUGGCCAGCGUGUUUAUUUCAACCCUAAUGACUCCAGUCGUUUAACAGACAUGAUUAACAAUCCACCAAAAACUACUCUUUUAGCAUUUUUCGACUUAUGUAAAACAGAUGAUUUUGCAAAAACACUUCUUUAUGUUGAUGUUCCCUCUUACUAUGUAUGGAAAAAUAAUAGAUUCGAGAGAAGAAAACGUGGAAUUAACGUAAAUGGUUGGCCGGGAAUAAAACGAGAUCAAGCUCUGGGUAGAACAGCGUGUAAGGUUCUAGGCUUACUGGAAGACGAAAGGCACUGGGAUACAACUAUGGAAGAAGCUGUGCUUUGUGGUUCUCCAUUUAAAUUACGGGAACUUUUUGCAAUUAUGUUGAUAUUUUUUCAAUUGUCAGAUGCUUUAAGUCUUUGGGAAAAAUACAAGGACAGUCUUUCAGAAGAUAUACGACAUCGAGUGGAGUUGGAUAUACAACCCGAGAAUGUGAAUUCAAUUAUUAAUGAAGUAUACAAUAAAUGCUUAGUUACUCUUGAAGAUACUGUUCUAUCUCUGGGAGGUACAUCUUUGCAACAUUAUGGUUUACCUCAGCCAUCAAGAUGUGAAGCAGUCUUACAAAAUAAAGAUUACCUUCGAGAGAUCAAUUAUGAUUCGAAUAUUUUGGCACAGUAUAUAAAUUUUAAUGAACAUUGUGACUGCUCGAUCAUGUUUGUCAUGUUCUCGAGAGUCAUGUGGCCGCCUCGAACAUUUCACGGUCGCCAACCACGGACCGAGACCCGAAAGCCGGAGUGCCGUGGAUUUUUUUUUAUUAUUUAA